AAUGAUUGAAAGCUUUGGAAUCCCGUUGCGGAGCCCUAAACCCUCGCGGUCUUGGCGAUCUCGGGUGGAGCUUGAGCUCUGCUGUUCAUGGCGGUCCUCCCUAUAGUGGAGUAUGAGGAUAAGAUUGCGGAGACGGUGGAGAAGAACCCGGUGGUGGUGAUCAUCGGGGAGACGGGCUCCGGGAAGAGUACCCAGCUGUCGCAGAUCUUGCACCGCCGGGGAUAUAGCCGGUCGGGUAUGAUUGCCGUCACUCAGCCGCGCCGUGUCGCUGCUGUCUCUGUUUCGAGGAGGGUUGCAAUGGAGCUUGGUGUCCAGCUCGGUGAAGAAGUGGGUUAUGCUAUUCGCUUUGAAGACCGGACUUCAGAUAAAACCCGCAUUAAGUAUCUUACUGAUGGAUGUCUUCUUCGUGAAAGCCUUUCUAAUCCCGAGCUGAAUCAGUACUCGGUUAUCAUCUUGGAUGAAGCUCAUGAAAGAAGUUUGAACACUGAUAUAUUGCUGGGUUUGAUGAAACGUUUGGUUAAAUUACGAUCUUCAAAUCUCAAGAUUCUUAUUACUUCAGCAACCCUAGAUGGUGUCAAGGUGUCAAGCUUUUUCUCAGGUUGUCCCAUACUGAAUGUACCUGGGACAUUGUUUCCAGUGGAAAAAUUUUACAGCACUGAACGGCCGACGAAUUAUCUUGAAUCUUCUUUGAAAACUUCUCUUGAUAUACAUGUUCGUGAACCUCCAGGAGACAUACUCAUUUUCAUGACAGGACAGGAUGAUAUAGGCAAAAUGGUGUCAAAACUGGAAGAAAGGAUUCAGAAGCUUGAUGAGGGUUCUUGUAUGGAUGCUCUAGUUCUUCCACUUCAUGGUUCUUUGCCACCGGAAAUGCAGGUCCGUGUGUUCAGUCCUGCUCCUCCAAAUUGUAGGCGAUUUAUUGUUGCUACGAAUAUUGCUGAGACUUCUUUGACAGUUGAUGGUGUGGUGUAUGUCAUUGAUUCUGGUUAUGUGAAGCAGCGCCAGUACAACCCAUCCACUGGAAUGUAUUCACUUGAUGUUGUGCAGAUCAGCAGAGUGCAAGCUGAUCAGAGAGCUGGACGAGCCGGGAGGACUCGCCCUGGCAAAUGUUAUAGGCUUUACCCUUCUACUGUCUACCAUGAGGAGUUUCUUGAAGCGACAAUACCUGAAAUUCAACGAUCAUCACUUGCUGGAAGUGUUCUUUAUCUGAAAUCACUUGAUCUUCCUGACAUUGAUAUUCUAGAGUUUGAUUUUCUUGAUCCACCAUCACGUGAAUCUUUAGAAGAUGCAUUGAGACAGUUGUACCUCAUUGAUGCAAUUGACGAAAGUGGAACGAUAAUAGAUUUUGGGCAAACCAUGGCUGAGCUGCCAUUGGAACCUUCACUUUCAAGAACUUUGAUUGAGGCAAAUGAGUUGGGGUGUUUAUCUCAGGCUUUGACUAUUGCUGCCAUGCUCUCAUCAGAAACAGCACUCCGUUCUAACCAGAGUAAAGGGAAUGACAGAAAGAGGAAACAACCUUCAGAACUUCCUGAUGGAGGUGGCUGGGGCGAUCACAUACAAUUGCUUCAAGUAUAUGAAGCUUGGGAUCAAGUUGAUUAUGAUCCCAGGUGGUGCACAGAUAAUGACUUGCAGGUACGUACCAUGGUGUUUGCAAAGGAUGUGAGGAAGCAAUUGUCGCAGAUAAUACAGAAGAUAGCAAAAGGACCAUGUGAUGUUGAAUCAGGCAUAAGACAGAAAAGAAGUGAUAAAGACUAUCGAAAUUUGAGGAGAGCUCUAUGUAAAGGUUAUGGAAACCAGCUUGCUGAGCGAAUGUUGCAUCACAAUGGAUAUAGAACACUUGGUUACAGGUCACAACUUGUGCAGGUACAUCCAUCAUCAGUGCUAGAAUCCGACGAAAAUGGUUGCCUACCAGACUAUGUUGUGUACCACGAGCUCAUAAACAUUUCCCGACCCUUCAUGCGAAAUGUCUGCGCGGUCGAGAUGGCUUGGGCCAUGCCCAUCUUAAGAAAACUAGAAAAGAUGGAUGUCAACAAACUCAGGGGUGGUUCUUAUGAUUUGAAAGUCGAAACCAAAUCAGUAGAGAAUGAAGUCAUUCAAAAACAAAGUCCAGAAGAAACUACCAAAAAGCUGGCCGAGGAUGUUGAUAGUAAGAUACAGGCUGCUCGAGAGCGAUAUCUCGCCCGGAAAGCCAAGAAAUAAAGACUUGUUCUUUUUGUAUUUGUGAUUACAAGCAAUUUCUACAUGGAAAAACAAUGUGUUAUAACUCUUGUAUUAUUAUGGUUUUAAUCUUUACUCCAACAAAUAAAAAUGCCAUUA